AUGGAUGGCUUCUACUCCCCCCAUCAGCAGCAGCAGCAACAACAGCAACAACAACAACAACAAUACCAGCAGCAACAACGCAUGCAGCAGAACCAACAGAACCGCAUGCAACACAAUAUGAACAAUACGAAUGAUCCUUCCUACUUUCCAGGAGGGGAUUCCCUCGAUGACAUUGUUCGCGAUAAUCAAGACAAACUAUACCGCCGACAGAGUAUGCCUCAAGCCUUCGCUAACCCUAUGGGCCAGUUUCAGAUGCCCCAGCAUCAAGAACAGCAUCAGCAAGGGCAGCGAAGGAUGUCAGUCGUUGGCAACGGUGAUAUGAUGACUUUUGGGAAUGACAACGGCGAUCUUAACUCCUACCAAUUCAAUCAGCCUAUGGGGGCAGGAUUUCCGACCAUUAAUACCUCUAUCGGCAUGGACCAAAUGGGCAACUAUAUGACAGCUGAUCCUAACGAUUACUCGGCCAUUUCCCCCGAUAUGAUGGGCUCAAUGAUGCCCUCUACGUUCGCUAGUAUGAGUGUAGGCGCGCAGAUGGCAGGCAACGGCUCACCAAUGAAUCUCUACUCUCCAUCUAUUGCACAAUUCCCGCAGGGACAACUCACUCCUCAAAUUCAAGUUGGCAACGACUUCUCCAUGGAUCUCUCCCCGGAUGGCAGUUCGAUGAAUAUGAACCAAAGCAAUCCUCCUCCACCAAAUUCGAUUCCCGCACCCGCCAAUACAACCAUGGACACGAUAGAGGAACCGGGUGACAACAUGAUGAACAAUCGCCAGUCCUACAACAACAACAAUAACAAUAACGGAGAAAACAACCAGAAUGUACCCUCAUUGUCUCGCCAAGUUUCUACCGCUUCUGGCUCCGUCGUUUCUCCUCCUCAACAACAGUCUCACGGGACUGUGUCCUCGACAACCGUCACUCAACCCACCAGUACCUCGGUUGCCACGACUCCAUCAACCGGCGAUGGUCCUAGAGAUUCAAAAGAAAAGACGAUAUACUCCAAGAGCGGAUUCGAUAUGCUCAAGGCUCUGUGGCUAGUUGCUACACGUAAAAAUCCACGGAUCCAACUCGGUGCUGUUGAUAUGUCAUGCGCCUUCGUCGUCUGCGAUGUCUCAAUGAACGAUUGCCCUAUUAUAUACGUUUCCGACAACUUCCAGAACCUCACUGGUUAUAGCCGCCAUGAGAUCGUUGGUCAAAACUGCCGCUUUCUUCAAGCUCCAGAUGGUAAAGUCGAAGCUGGUUCAAAGCGUGAAUUCGUCGACGAUGGUGCUGUGUACAACCUGAAGAAGAUGGUUCAUGAAGGCAGGGAAGUUCAACAAAGCCUAAUCAACUACAGAAAGGGUGGAAAGCCGUUCUUGAAUCUUCUGACCAUGAUUCCUAUUCCUUGGGAUACGGAUGAAAUCAGAUAUUUCAUUGGUUUCCAGAUUGAUCUUGUGGAAUGUCCCGACGCAAUCGCAUCUAACCAAGAUCUAGGUGGUGUCAAGGUAAACUACAAGCACAGCGAUAUCGGUCAGUACAUCUGGACACCGCCGCAAUCCAGCCAAUGGGAGCCUGAGAAUGGCCAGACACUGGGUGUGGACGACGUUUCAACUCUCUUACAGCAGUUCACCCCUAAGGGUCUUACAUCCGAUUGGCACAAGCAAUCUUGGGAUAAGAUGCUCCUGGAGAAUACUGACGAUGUUGUCCACGUCCUCUCACUCAAGGGUCUAUUCCUGUAUCUUUCACCAUCAUGCAAGAAGGUAUUGGAAUACGAAGCUGCCGAUCUCGUUGGCAACUCACUCUCGACUGUUUGUCAUCCAUCUGAUAUUGUCCCUGUUACACGAGAACUAAAAGAUACAACAACCGGAAACCCCGUCAACAUCGUCUUCCGAAUACGCAGAAAACAUAGCGGUUAUACAUGGUUCGAAAGUCACGGGUCAUUGUUUGUCGAACAAGGAAAGGGUCGAAAAUGCAUUAUUCUCGUGGGCCGGAAGAGACCAGUAUUUGCUUUAAGUCGACGCAACCUUGAAGCAAAUGGCGGCAUUGGCGACAGCGAACUAUGGACAAAACUCUCGACCUCGGGCCUGUUUUUGUACGUUUCCUCAAAUAUUAGGUCACUGCUCGAUCUCCAGCCCGAUAGCCUUGUUGGAACCAGUAUGCAGGAUCUCAUGCGGAAAGAAUCACGACCCGAGUUCGGACGAACGAUGGAAAAGGCGAGACGCGGAAAGAUCGUCACUUGUAAGCACGAGGUUCAAAACCGCAGAGGUCAAGUACUACAGGCCCAAACGACUCUCUACCCGGGCGACGCCUCUGAAGGUCAAAAGCCGUCGUUCUUGCUCGCCCAGACAAAACUUCUCAAGGCUUCUUCGCGCAAUCUUGCACCUAACAGCGUAUCCGGCUCCAGAUCCAUUGCCGGCACCCCGAGGUCAAACAACGGCACCGAGAACCACGCGACGGGCCAUAUCUCCCAGCCUGCUGGUGGUGCACUGGCACCAGGCACCCAGGAUGCGGCUCUGGCGUCAGAAGACAACAUUUUUGACGAAUUAAGAACGACCAAGUGCUCCAGUUGGCAAUUCGAAUUACGACAAAUGGAGAAGGUGAACAGGAUAUUGGCUGAGGAACUCGGGGGUUUGCUCUCUAGCAAGAAGAAGCGUAAGAGAAGAAAGGGAGUGGGCAACGUCGUCCGGGAUUGCGCAAACUGCCACACAAGGAACACGCCCGAGUGGCGUCGCGGGCCUAGUGGUCAAAGGGAUCUUUGUAACAGCUGCGGUCUUCGCUGGGCUAAACAGACCGGUCGAGUCUCUCCGCGCAACUCAUCUCGAGGAGCUAAUACUGUAAACGGCGAUUCUCGAAGCAAGAAAUCCAACUCGCCUUCAUCACCACUGCACAAAGAAUUAUCUGCCGACAGCUCCAACGCACAGACUCCUAAUGGCGAGAGUGGCAUCAACCCAGCACAGCUCACGAAGCAGAAGAUCGAAAAUGGCACCGCUGCACCCAGCGGCGCCCCCUCAGCCACGGGUGUCAAAACGUCAGCUGGAAUGCCACCCUUGAGUCAUUCCUCGAUGCUAGGUGUUGGGCAAGCUUCCUCGAUGGCUUCGAUACGAGAAGAGCGCGAGACGAGCCAGUCUUGA